AGCGGUCGUACUUCCCGUGGCUAACAAGCUAAGUUGUUCCGUUGUGUGUUAGCGGUUCGGUUCGUUACUGUCAGACACAGUCAGAGUGAAACAGCAGAUCCAGGAUGGAGGAACUUGUUUCAGAGGAGUCGGUUUGAAUUUUUAGGAAGUUUCACAUCAGAGUCAUCGACAUUUGCAGCUAAGAAGAAGCUAAAGGUUAAACUAAAUGACGUUAGCGUAGCGUGCUAGCAGGAACUAGACGGAGCCAGUUCUGGAUGGAUUCGAUUCGAUAGAGAACCAACUGUGUGAUUAACGGAACCGAGAUGUCCAGAUGAACCUGCGUAGAAAGACUCGGUGCUGCUCACUUCAUUUAAACAUAUUUAACGUCUGAAUUUCCUCCUGGUGUCCGAAGCUAAUGAAGCUAACGUAGCUGGUUUUGCUGGAAAUAGACGGACCCGAACCUGCUUCAAUGAAGUAUUAGCAUCACAGCGCACAUCAGAGUGAGCAGACAGCUGUUUGUGCAGGAAAAGUUUCCGUGAAUCAGGACAAAAUGUCGCUGGACGCUGUCGUGAAGACCGAAGAUGAAGCAGACAUCCAGCAGCUGUUGGUGAUUAAAGAAGAGGUGGAGUGGAGCUCCAGUCUGGACCAGCAGGACCCACCAGAGCUGCCACACAUUAAAGAGGAACAGGAGGAACUCUGGAUCAGUCAGGAGGGAGAGCAGCUUCCAGGGCUGGACGAGGCUGAUAUCACCAAGUUCACAUUCACUCCUGUCCCUGUGAAGAGUGAAGAAGAUGAUGAAGAGAAACCUCAGUCCUCACAGCUCCACCAAAUCAAAACUGAAGAGAUCAGAGAUGUAGAACAUUUUAAAACAGAAGCUGAAGGAGAAGACUGUGGAGGACCAGAACCAGCCUGGAACUUUAAUCCCGAUAGUCAUUUACAGCCAGCUGAUGAUGAUGAAAAGACGUCACACUCCUCUGAACCUCAGUCUGAUGACAGUUGGGUUUGGGAGGACACCAGGCAACCUCGUCCAGCGUUAAGGAAUAAGGACAUGAAAUGCAUUACUGGAAAAACAUCAAACAACUCUGAAUGUGCUACAAGCUCUGACAACAAGGGACAUCUGCAGAAACAAGAUGGAGGACAAACAGAAGUGCAACCGUUUAUUUGCUCAGUUUGUGGCAAAAAAUACCCGCAGAAGAAGUCUUUAACAAGUCACAUGAGGAUUCACUCGAAGGAAAAACGCUUCAGCUGCCCGGUUUGUAAAAAGACAUUUCUAUGGAGAGGAAGUGUUGUGGUGCACAUGAGAACCCACACAGGGGAGAAACCCUUCAGUUGCUCUUUUUGUGGCACAAAAUUCACAGACAGCUCAUCUUUGACAAAACACUUGAGAGUUCACACGGGGGAAAAACCUUACAGCUGCUCAGUUUGUAAAAAAAGUACAAGCGACAGUAGUUCUCUGAUCAAACACAUGAGAAUCCACACUGGAGAGAAACCGUUCAGUUGUUCAGUUUGUGGUAAAAAAUUUGCGCUACAAGGAACCCUGAGACAACACCUGACGACCCACACGGGGCAGAAACCUUUCAGCUGCAGUGUUUGUGAUAAAAAGUUCACUCGGCCCAUUCAUCUCAGACAACACAAAUGUGUUGGUGAGGGCGCCAAAAAGAAAUAAAGCUGCAGAGAUUGUUGUUGAACCAUUUUUGUCUUGCAGGAUUAAAAUACUGAGAGCAAAUCUUGGUUCAACACCGAUCGGUGAUCAGACUCCAAAUUAAGUACGGAAUCAGCCGAUAUUCACCUUGUUCGCUGCUGUUGGUCUGUAAGGAAAUAAGACAACACUCGCUGAUGACAGCGGCUGAUUCUUAUCUGUUGUGUCACAUAACUUAUGCGUCGAUACAUUCAUGAGCUUUUGCCUCCUGACAUCCACACCGUCGGUGUGUAAUGCUAUGGAAGGAGUAAACUAGAACUACGCCUCAGCUUUAAAGAAGGUAAAGCUCCUGUGAAGGUACAAUACGGUACACAGUCAUUUUGACAGCUCAGUAUGUAAGUUUGAAGUUUGACCUCCAAUAUUGAAUCCGAGUCCAAGUGUAGAUUUCUGGUAAAUUUGACCUCACUCUGUGCAUUCAAAUUCACGUAUGCACCAAAUUUGAAGAAAUUCCCUCAUGGCGUUGCUGAGAUAUCACCCGGACAGACAGACGACCUCUGAUGAACAGGUGGAUGUAAAGCAGCUGAAAAACCUUUCAAAGCAGUUAAAUCUCUAAAACGUGCUUCUAUUAAGGUCUCACAUUUGUAUGAAUUCUUACUCUUUGACAGAUGAGUGUAAUGAAGGGUUUAAUGAUUUUGUCUCCCUGCCUGUACACUUAGAUCUUUUUUUUUUACUGCAAAUGAAAAUCAGUUUUCAGUCUCUUUUGUUUCCAGUAUUCGCUUUGAGGCCACAUCGCUCGACACUACAGUAGAGCGCAUACCUUCAUCAAAGUCCCGCUGUCCCCUUCUGCACUCAAUCUUUGGUACCAGCCACGUUAAAAUGCCUUAAAAUCUGUUUUAUUCUCUGACAAAUUAACAAAAUUGUUGAGAAACAGUUACUGUGGUUGUUUCUGUGUUCAAGGUUUAGAGGAAGUCAGUCGAACAGAAACAAACAUAAAUUGACGAAGGUGAAAACAACGAAGUGAUCAUUUUAAAUCUGUUGAUUUGUUUCAUGUCACCUAAAGGCUUCAUGGUCAACAGCUGCUGGAUGUGAUUUCCAAAGUAAAUGACCUGAGUUUCCUCCAAACAACAUGAUAUAUUUCUGACGGCCUCUCCGGGACCUGAAUUGAUUGUUUAUUUGUGUUAAUCAUGACGAGCUGAUUCUUAAACUGCCCAUCUUGUUUUUCUUGUUAUUUUUGUGAAAUCACAACCUGACUUUGUACAACUGAUGUUGAUGUUUUGGCUGCUGUUGUCAUUAUUUAAGUGAAUAUCUUCAUCCUGGGAUUCAUGUGUUUUUUUAUUAAAGGUGUUUUGUCGCAGCAGCAAAAAAUCCUGUUAGAAGAAAACAGCCUGUGAAGAAGAAUUUCGUACAGAAAUGAUCGUAAGAUCCAGACUUGAUUAAAUUCCUCUGAACUUCUGGCUGCA